AUGAGGCGCUGCCCAUGCCGGGGGAGCCCGAGCGAGGCGCAGGCGGACGCGGAGGCGCCGCCGGCGGGAGCGUGGUCGACGGCGGCCCGCCUGGGGCUGGAGGGGACGCGCGGGGGGCGGCGGCGGCCUCCGCAGCGACCGUGCGCUCCGGGCGGGGGUCCCCGGCCCUGCCGCGACGGGCCCCGCCGGCACCGCGAGCCCUCCUCGUCGGACGAUGGCCCGGGGCCCGAACCCCGUGGGGACACGCGCGAGGGGCACCCGGCAGCCGGCCUCGGGGCCCCGCGAGGAGCGGACGGGUCCAGCGUCCAGGCGCACGCCCUGGACAGCAGCCUGGGGAAGAUGGACGGUGCCUGGACCGAGGACAGCCACACACAUGGCUUCUUCUUCGGCCCCGAGCCCCCGUCGCGGCCACAGGGGGCCAGAUUGGGUACCCAGCCAGGGGUUGGUGAUGAGUCCUGGGCAGAGCUAGAGAGACCUGGGUGUCAGGCUCUGCCAGAGAGAGACAAACCCUGGGAUGAUAACCUCUGGACCCACCAGGCCAGCUCCAGCCCUGGAACUCGCCCCCGAGCAGCAGGUCCCUGCACGGAACCAGGCCCUGACUGCCCCCGGACAGAUUGCAAGACGACGACGCACGUCGCAGGAGGCUCCUGGACAGAGACACACACUGAUGGCUGCCAGGUAGAACCGAGUCACCACACAGCCUGGACACUGGCUGUUGGUGGUCUCCCAACACUAGACCCCGGUGGCCCCUGGCCACAACCUGGUACUGAUGACAGUCCCUGGCCACAGCCUGGUACUGAUGACAGUCCCAGGACAGAGCCUGGUACUGAUGAUGGGCCCUGGCUACAGCCUGAUACUGAUGCGAAUGGCCCCUGCCUACAGCCUGGUACUGAUGCGAAUGGCCCCUGCCUACAGCCUGGUACUGAUGCGCAUGGCCCCUGCCUAAGGCCUGGUACUGAUGCUCAUGGCUCCUUGCUACAACCAGAUACUGAUGCGCAUGGCCCCUGCCUAAGGCCUGGUACUGAUGAGAAUGCCUCCUUGCUACAACCAGAUACUGAUGUGGAUGGCCCCUGCCUAAGGCCUGGUACUGAUGCGCAUGGCCCCUGGCUUCAGCCUGGUACAUCAUCAGGUCCCCGGACAGAGCCUGGGACUGACUGUCUUUUGGGGGAGUCCAAUGGAAACAGACCUGAAGUAGCGGAACAAGAACCCGGGGAGUCGGGGAGUCACCGGUGCUCCCACCUCGAGGGCUGCCGCUCCCUGUGUCCUGUGCCCCGCCUCAUCGUCACCCCCGAGACCCCUGAGCCUGACGCCCAGCCCGUGGGACCCCCUUCCCGUUUUGAAGGGGGCUUUUCCUCUGCCUCCUCUUUCGACGAAUCCGAGGAUGACUUGGUGGCUGGGGGCGGAGGUACCAGUGACCCCGAGGACAAAUCUGGGAGCAAGCCCUGGAAGAAACUGAAGACGGUUCUGAAGUAUUCGCCCUUCGUGGUCUCCUUCCGGAAACACUACCCUUGGGUUCAGCUUUCCGGACACGCUGGGAACUUCCAGGCAGGAGAAGAUGGCCGGAUUCUGAAACGUUUCUGUCAGUGUGAGCAGCGCAGCCUGGAGCAGCUGAUGGGAGACCCCCUGCGGCCUUUUGUGCCCGCCUAUUACGGCAUGGUGCAGCGGGAUGGCCAGGCCUUCAACCAGAUGGAAGAUCUCUUGGCGGACUUUGAGGGGCCUUCCAUUAUGGACUGCAAGAUGGGCAGCAGGACCUACCUGGAGGAGGAGCUGGUGAAAGCCCGAGAACGGCCCCGGCCCCGGAAGGACAUGUACGAGAAGAUGGUGGCGGUGGACCCCGGGGCCCCCACCCCCGAGGAGCACGCGCUGGGCGCGGUCACCAAGCCCCGGUACAUGCAGUGGAGGGAGACCGUGAGCUCCACCUCCACGCUGGGCUUCCGCAUCGAGGGCAUCAAGAAAGCGGAUGGGACCUGCAACACCAACUUCAAGAAGACCCAGGCGCUGGGGCAGGUGACGAAGGCGUUGGAGGACUUUGUGGAUGGGGACCUCGGAAUCUUGAGAAAAUACGUGGCACGUCUAGAAGAACUCCGUGAAGCUCUGGAGAACUCUCCCUUCUUCAAGACCCAUGAGGUGGUGGGCAGCUCUCUUCUCUUUGUGCAUGACCACACUGGCCUGGCCAAGGUCUGGAUGAUUGACUUCGGCAAGACAGUGACCCUGCCCGAAUGCCAAACACUCACCCACCGGCUGCCCUGGGCCGAGGGCAACCGUGAAGAUGGCUACCUCUGGGGCCUGGACAACUUGAUCUGCCUUCUUCAGGGGCUGGCCCAGAGCUGAUACGCUCAGCUGCUGGUAGGCUCACGUUAUUGGGUGGCGUGUGUCCACCUGGAGGAGUCCCAAGAUGUCGUGGGGUCUGAGGUUGCCAGUGGAAGAUGGUGCACCGUAGCGCAAGACCAGCGUGGUUUGAAGAGCCUUGGUGGACCCCGCAGCACCGGGCUCACUCAUGAUACGGGGACCAUAGCCAGGUGGGGUCACAGUGAGUCAGGAAGGGCUAUCAGAGGCCACAGCGAAAGUGUGCUGCCCUAACACAAGUCAGAUGUCCCUAGGUGUGACUCGGUGCUCACAGCCAUAGGAAUGACUCCUCCCUCGGCAGCCCCUCCCAGAUGGCUCCUUGAGUCCAGAGUCCAGAUAGAUUGUCUUGUACACCCCAGAGGAUCAGGCACCCGUGAAUUCCUGCAGGAGGAAGUGGCUUCUCCACCCGAAGCAGUGACGGCCCCAUCUGGAGGUCGUCCAACAGCUGAGACGCCCUGAGGCGGUUGUGGCAUGGGAUGCUGGAGGCGUGAUGCUGCCCCGUGGGCCAUGGCUCCUGCCUCCUGCCCUGCCAGGGACCUGCAGGAUCCUCCCUGCUGCUCGAUGGACUCUGCCAACCUCUUACAGACCCAAACCACAGCCACAUCCACCGUGGAGCAGCACUGUGACCAACACGCCCUCAUUAGACAUCCUGCUUCCUUGGUGCACCUGAUCCGGCCUCGAAACUUCCUCCUUUGGACCUUGACCCUGGGGCUCUUCUGUCCCCUUCCUCCUAGCAGAGCGUGGUGGCAGGAAGGAGUUUCCAGGGCAGGGGAAGUAGUUUUCCUCCUUGGGGAUCAGAGCUACUAUGAGGAAGUCCCCCCACCCGCCCACAGUGAAGUACCAGGUGGCCCAGAAGCGCAAGGGGUAGGCUGCUGGCCAUGACGUUGAGCUUGCAGCCUUUAACCACCAAAGACUCGAGAGCCGUGGGGCGCGCUUCUGCAGCACCGCGACCUUGGCUGCUGGGCCCACGUGGGUGGAUGUGUUUGGGGACCAGUACCUACCUCUUCCCUCAGCCAAAGCCCUGCUGUCUUCCAGGGCAGACACGUCCUUUUCCACUGCCUAUCUUUGUACGUAUUUAUAUGCAAGGUAGCUAGGUGGGGUGGUGUUAGGGGCUCGUGGCAAAAUGGCUUCACUGUCUCCUAUCCGUAACAACACCCCAAUAAACAGGACAGAGUCAA